AUGCGGUCUCAUCUUUCUUUUUUGCACGGGUUUCUGCUCGGCCUGUCAGCCCUCUCGGCUGCUACCUCAGUAGUCCACGAGAGACGUGAAGUUACAUCCUCGAACUGGGUCAAGCGGGCGCGUGUGAGCCCAUCGGACAAGCAUGUGGUUCGCAUUGGCUUAGCCCAGAGUAACCUCGAGGAGGCUCACGACCUGCUGAUGGAUGUGUCAAACCCGAGCUCUCCCAACUAUGCCAAGUUCUAUUCAGCAGACGAAGUUGCAGCAAAGUUCGCCCCGUCGACACAAACAGUCAACGAGGUCCAGAACUGGCUCACCGAAAAGGGAAUCAAUGCCAGCCGCGUCGCCCAAACCAAGAACCACGGCUGGCUUGUAUUCCACGCCACGUCGAAGGAAAUCGAGGACUUGUUCGACACCACAUACUAUGAGUACCACAAUAGGAAAACUGGAAAGAAAGCCAUCGCUUGCGAACAGUACCAUGUCCCGGCUUCGGUGCAAAAGCAUAUCGACUAUGUGCACCCUGGCAUCAAUCUGAACCCAUCGUCGGGCAAAGCAUCCAGUAUCCGUCGAAGGGGCUCUGCGAGCAGGAAGACGAAGCUCCCUGCUCAUGGAGGACGCCCGAUCCACCAACACGAUGUCAAAGGCGUGAAUGUCACUAACUGCGAUGUGUCAAUCACGCCAGACUGCAUUCGGGCAUUGUAUAAGAUCCCCUCAGCGCGUGCGGCGCCUCACCCAAAUAAUUCCUUGGGUAUUUUCGAGGAAGGGGACUACUAUGCCCAGGAGGACCUUGACCUGUUCUUCAAGACAUUUGCCAAGAAUAUCCCUAAAGGCACUCACCCAAUCCCCGCCUUCAUCGACGGUGCGGAGGCUCCGGUACCCGUCGGCGAGGCUGGUGGAGAGUCUGAUCUCGACUUCGAACUGGCAUAUCCCAUCGUGCAUCCGCAAAGCAUCACGUUGUACCAGACCGAUGAUGCCAACUGGGCUAGCAACACCACGGGGUUCCUGAACACGUUCUUGGACGCACUUGACGGCUCUUACUGCACCUACUGCGCGUACGGCGAAUGUGGCAAUGACCCAUCUCUGGAUCCAGUUUAUCCCGACGACGGUGGCUACGAUGGAAAGCUCAUGUGUGGCGUGUUUAAGCCCACGAACGUCAUCAGUGUAUCGUACGGCGAACAAGAGGUUGAUCUUCCCGCAAACUAUCAGCAGAGGCAAUGCAAUGAGUUCCUGAAGCUUGGUUUGCAAGGUGUCUCAGUGCUCUUCGCCUCCGGAGAUAACGGUGUUGCAGGACCUCCAGGAGAUCAUGGUAGCGUCAAUGGCUGUCUGAAUAAUGGAACGGUUUUCAGCCCUGCAUUCCCCAACAGCUGCCCCUAUAUCACCAACGUUGGUGCCACCAAAGUUUACCCGGGAUACACAGUUUCCCAGCCCGAGAGUGCCGUGUACGAUCCGGAUGGAAUAUACAGCUAUGCUUCCGGGGGUGGCUUCAGCAACAUCUACCCUAUCCCCGACUACCAGGCGGAUGCCGUUGCCACGUACUUCAAGGACCACAACCCUCCCUACCCUUACUACGAAGGCGCCGAAAACCUCGGCAAGAAUGGUGGUCUGUACAACCGCUUGGGUCGAGGCUAUCCGGAUGUAGCCGCGAAUGGCGACAACAUUGCGGUAUUCGUUGGCGGCGAGUCCGGUUCAUCGGGCGGAACCAGUGCGAGCACUCCGAUCUUUGCUGCCAUCAUCAACCGCAUUAUCGACGAACGUCUUGCCGUCGGUAAGGGUCCGGUUGGCUUUAUCAAUCCGGUGCUCUACAAGAACCCCUCCGUCCUGAAUGAUAUCACCAAUGGUACAAAUCCAGGAUGUGGAACAGACGGUUUCUCAACUGCACCUGGAUGGGACCCUGCCACCGGUCUGGGAACACCUAACUAUCCCAAGAUGUUAAAGUUGUGGCUUGAUCUCCCUUAG